ACACACACACACACACACACACACACACACACACACACACCAACUGUCCUUGUGAAAAGUAAAAGAUCAACAUGAAUGGCUUUGUGGGCUGGUGCACCUGGUUCAGGGGGAUUCUGUGAAGCCUUGUUGGUUUGUCCGUUCGGUGGACAAAAGGAUGCAGGUUUCACACAGAGAAAUGCACUUCAUCAAAACACCAUCAUGAGCCGUGUCCUCCUAAAUCCCCAGAAAGUCAACCCACCACCUCCUUCAGAUACUUUCAAGCAAUAAUGAAGAUAGUGGGAUAAAUUUGAUAGGAAUGAAGGGCACAGAGGCGUACUGCUGAUGUGUCAGCCCUCGUUCACGAUGAAUCACCAGUUUUUUUCCUUUCGGCGUCAGCAAAAAUGACAAAGAUCUCUUCUGUUCAGGUUGUGGGGCGGGGGGUUGCGCUUUGUUGUGUUACUAUGGGAACGUGAAACAUAAUAUUGAAGUGAAAGGGCAAUAAAGAUAUAGGUAAAGUAUUCUGUACACCUUAUCAGUUCCCAUUAUGGUAUGUGCAGCAGACACUUGUCAGGCUCGCCUGGGUGUUACGCGUUGAAUCGCUGAAUGGAUGAUUAUAAUUCUAACUAUAAUUAAUUAAAUAAUUAAACCCAACUAUUUAGAAUCAGACAAUUCAUAGUAAUGACUGUUUUUACUCUUACUAUGGUCUAAUUAAUGUAGGUACAGCACCUGAAUUUGAAUGAAGUUCCUAAGUCAUUAAGAAGCCCGGGCUUCCUUUGGAGGAAAAAAAACAUUUUUUAAAGCCUAAUUGAUGUCCAUUCAGUGGUCAUGAGACAUGGAAAUAAUUAUGCAUUGCAAUACACUUGUGGAAUAAUGGACUGAUUUACUUUAACACCUUGAGGAGAACAAAAACUCACACAGUGGCAGGCUGUAUAGCAGUAGCAGUAGUUGAUGUAGCAACAGCAGAGGAAUGACAAUAACAGCAUUUCUCGCAAGCAAAGACACACCCAGACAGCUCCGUGCUGCUCGACAGGGUCGUGGACAAAGUCGGUGUUAUAAAUGCAUCCUUUUAUGAAAGAGAUCCCUCUGCAAAGCAAGGAGCUUUGUCCUGCUGUUUGCUUUGUGUAAAGGCUGGGUUCAUUCCAGAAGGUGGAAGCUCACACACUGUGUGUCCAAACAUGACUUGGUGAGUGUGUGUGUGUGUGUGUGUGUGUGUGUGUGUGUGAGAGAGAGAGAAAGAGAGCAGAGGUGACAGUGACAUGAGGCCGCUAAUGAGGAUUUGACUUAACAGGCAAACUUACCAAACAUGUUCUUCUAACUUGGACAUUAGCCAGCUUACCAUCAGCAAUUACAUCAUCCAAAGUCAUCACCUCCGUAUUUCUUCGUGCCGGAGAGGGGUUUAUAACGGCAGAAAAGGGUUUCCCUCACUUCUCAAGACCUCAAUGCGACUUGGCAUCAUCUUUGAUCCAUCUUCCAAAUCUCAGGUCCUCAGCUUCACCGAGGCAGAGGAGCCCCGGCAUGCGGGAGCAGAGCAGAUGCAGAUGCAGCAGCAGGCCCCGUUCAAACUGCCAGCGCAUCUGCUGAAGUGCCUGAAAACCCAAGAUUGUCUGGAUGACGUCCACGUGAGCUUUGCCCAACUGCUGAGCGAGCUCAACAAGGCUGGCGCUCCGUAUGCCCUCAGUGUUGCUAACAGGCUGUACGGGGAGCAGUCCUACAAGUUUGUGGAGGAUUAUUUAGGAAAAACCAAGAAGCACUACAACGCAGAGCUGGAGUCAGUGGACUUCGUAGCCGGCUCAGAGGCGGCCAGGCUCAACAUCAACACAUGGGUGCACGAGCAGACAGAAGGUAAAAUUCAGGACUUGCUGGCCGAGGGUGUUGUGGACAGCCUCACCAGGCUGGUGCUGGUCAAUGCCAUCUACUUCAAAGGCAACUGGAACAAGCAGUUUCAAGAGAGUGCCACAUGGGACGCUAAGUUUAGACUCAACAAGAAUAAAACCAAGUCAGUGAAGAUGAUGCACCAGAAAUCCAAGUUCCCCUUGGCUUACAUCCCAGAAGUCAACUGCCAGAUCCUAGAGAUACCUUACCAAGGAAAGGAGCUCAGCAUGCUCAUCUUUUUACCCAGUGAGAUAGAGGACAGUACAACAGGUCUGGAGAAGAUGGAGAAGGAGCUGAGCUAUGAGAACUUUGUGGAGUGGACUCGUCCAGACAUGAUGGAUGAAGUUGAGCUCCAGGUGGGGCUUCCUCGGUUCAAGUUGGAGGAGAGCUACGACAUGAAGAAUGUCCUGGUCAGCAUGGGCAUGGUGGAUGCCUUCGACGUGUCAAUGUGUGACUUCUCUGGCAUAGCUCCAGGCAACGACCUGGUGCUGUCGAAAGUUGUCCACAAGGCUUUCGUGGAGGUCAACGAGGAGGGAACGGAGGCGGCUGCCGCCACUGCUGCUAUCAUGAUGCUUCGCUGUGCCGUGCCCAUGACACGCCCCUUCAUCGCUGACCACCCCUUCCUCUUCUUCAUCCGACAUAACCAGUCCAUGAGCAUUCUCUUUGCUGGCCGAUACUGCUCCCCAAAGUGAUCACGCCAUUGAGAACAGUGUUUCUCAACAGGAGGGGGGAGGGGUACAAUACAUCUACUAUUGCAACAGUAUACCAUUUUAUUAGCAUUGCUGGAAGAAUGUUGAGAAUCACAACUCUGGAGUUCCCUCCAACUAAUCACACUGUGAGUCCUUCAUCUUUAACACCAGAAUGACCAGUAAAGUUGGAGGUGUUGAAAUGUCCUCCGUGUAGUUUGCAUCACCUCUGUGUGUUUCUGGAGCAUUGUGUACUUGCACUGUUUGAUCUUUUGCACCUAAUCUCAUCUUUCAGGAUCUGGUUUACUGUGUGUAAUGCACGUAUGGCCUUGUUUGCUGCACCCUUUACACCCUACCCUAGUUAAUCUAUACCAUUAAAGCCUGACACCCUGAGAAAGAGUUUGCCUAAUCACAAAUUCUAUUUUUUCUACGUCAACGUUACCUUUAUACCAUAUGAAAAUACGACUCUUGCAAGAUUUGAUAUCACAUUGUCAGAUAGAUAUGUCCUUAGUGAUGGGUGUAAUCAAGGAAAGUGUGGUUAUUUGUAAUUGUACUAUUAUGCAUAUAAUAAAUAGUAAAUAUAAAGAACAAGAGCUUACAUAAAGGGUUGAACUGGCAUUAAGUCCAGGUCAAUGUAUGUAUUCUGAUGCUUUUACAUGUGUAAUAAAAGUGUUUGGUUUUGUCACAUUGAAAAGAAAA